GACCGCCGUAAACCCCAUUAACUUUCAUAUGUGCGCAGACAACGAAGUUUAUAAAUGCCAUCCAUUUUCCUCUCACAAAUGCACAUGAAAGAGGAAGUAGACGGAGAAGAAAGGAGGAAAAGAGGCGAUAAUUAGAAAAGAUGGUUGUGGGAAGUAUUACCCACCAAAUCGAGUCUCCAUUGGAGGCAAAGAGACUGUGGAAUGCCUUUGUGAAGGACGGACAUAAUCUCAUGCCAAGACAAGCACCAGAGAUUUUUUCAAGCAUCACCUUACUGUAUGGCGAUGGAGGUUUGGGCACAAUCAGGCAAAUCAAUUUAACUCCCGCCAACAAGGAUUUCAGCUAUGUGAAGGAGCGAGUAGAGGAAGUGGACGAGGAGAAGCUUGUGUACCGAUACAGCCAUGUAGAAGGAGGAUUGCUGGGAAAGAGAUUGGCCUCUAACUCAUAUGAAUUCAAGUACAUCCCUAAAGCAGGGGGAGGAUGCAUUUGCAGUUAUGUUAUUCAUUUCGACACCCUUCCGGGUAUUCCUCCGGAGGAAGGCAAAGCGAAGGAGAUUAAACAAACGAGCACUGCGUUGUUUAGGAAGAUUGAGGCGUAUCUCCUGGCUAAUCCCAAUUUGUACUGUUAAACGUACCAUAUCAGGAACAAGUAUUGUGCAAGUUGGGCUUUGCUUCCAAUGUUACCCCUUCGUUUGGAGAAUAUCAAUGGUCCCACAUUUAGGAUACGCUUUGUAA